UUCAUACUUUUAUCUGCAAAAAAAAAAAAAAAACUUUCCUCGCUUAUUUAUUUCUUGGUCCGUCUUUCUAUCAAACACAACGUAGGCAUAACGUUUCGGGAUGAGCAAAAACCGCUUCUGACUCACAACCCAAAGCCCCCCUGACCUCAUCCUCUUCUAAUCUACCCAAGUUGGCUGCCCAUGGCUACCCAGCCGGACGAUAAACCUCAGAAUCCAGCUUCGGAAGUUGUACAAACGGCAAUUGAGGAUCGGCAUGAUACCAUGGCAGACGCCAAUGGAGGAAUUUCUCCCACAUCUGUGUUUGUGAACUCGGAACCAAUGCGAGAGGAACAAGUGCAAAAUGCUGUAAAGUUCCUUUCACACCCGAAAGUGAGGGGAUCACCAGUCAUGUAUAGGCGAUCUUUUCUUGAGAAGAAGGGCUUGACAAAGGAGGAAAUAGACGAAGCAUUCCGCCGUGUGCCUGAUCCAGAUCCACCUCAGAAUGUAUCAAGUGCACAGCCAGCUGGUUCUAUUCAAGAUGGGCAGAUGAAGUCUUCAUCAAAUGUUCAGCCACUAGUUUCAACUCAAACUCUGCAGCCUUUAGCAGCUUCCCCAUCUGGGGUCAUUUCCACAAUGACACAAUCCCGAUUUCGUUGGUCCUAUGCUCUUCUUGCUGUAGGGUUUCUUGCUGUUUCUGGUGCUGGAACCGCUGUACUUUUCAAGAAUGCUAUUGUUCCAAGGUUGAAGUCUUGGAUUCGAAAGGUUGUACACGAAGAAGAAGAGAAAUCUUCCAAGAAAACCGACUCAAAACCAAGUUUGGAACAAGAAGCAACAGCUGCUGCAAAAGCUGCAGCAGCAGCAGCUGCUGAGGUGGCUCGAGCAAGUCAGGAAAUGUUGAUUUCGAAAACUGAAGAGAAGAAAUGCUUCGAGGAACUUGUGAAUCUGAUUGGGGUGCAAGUCCAGGAGAUGAAGUCGAUGAGUAAUGCCAUACAGAAGUUGGAAGUGCAAGGUAAUGCUCCAGGGAGAACCCCUCUAGUUGAAGAACAAGACCAUAGAGUCUUGGCCAAGAGUUCCAGGCAACAAAUGGCAAAUGGCACUGCGAACUUUGACUUGUAUUCAGGGAGAUCUUCAUCACCGCCUACAACAGUGGAGCCCUCGGCUGCACCUCACCCAAAAUCUUAUAUGGAGAUCAUGGCCAUGGUCCAAAGGGGAGAGAAACCUCCUAACGUCAGAGAGAUAAACGAUCUACCUCCGAAUCCUAAUCAGCCCUUGCCAAAUCCUCACGUAGCACCAAGAGCUAAGCCUUGGGAGGUCAGCCAACCUCAAAACAUCUCUAGCCAGGUUUUUCAGUCUCAAGAGAGCAGCUAUGGGCUGAAUUACAACUUACAAGAUAACGUACUCCUUAAUCAGUCAAAUGGAGAUAGUUCAGUGCCUUGGUGGCAAAGAAAAAAUGUCAGAAUUUCUGAAAUUGAACAUGAAGACGAAUUCAAGAGUGGGUCUUCUGGUACGCUGACCCAUGAGCGAACAGCUCAGCGUUCAUGGGUCCCUCCGCAGCCACCCCCGGUAGCAAUGCCUGAAGCUGCUGCGGCCAUCCGACAACCCAAAAAACCACUUUCUCAGAAACAAGUGGCUGAUGACCAGUUAGUGGCUAAUCCUCCAGAUGUAACUGAUGAGUUGCAGAGGAUCACAAAAAUAUCCGAGUCAGGUGGUGUACCAGAUGCCAAUGGUGGGACCUUGUGUCUGAAUGGAGUCAAUGGACUUCUAUCUGAAUCUGAGGGUGUUGUGAAUGCCAAUGGUGGGAGCUUAGGACUGGCCACAAGUGAGAUACAAGAACUAGAGGCGUAGUAACGAAGAGAACUGCGGACAAAUCUGGUCUUUCUGUCAUAAGGUAUCUAUAAAUCCUGAUAUGUCCGUUAAAGUUGAAAAGAAUUGCUGAGAUCUCUGCACCUGGUAUGCCAAAGAUUAAUUGUUGGGAUCAAGAGCUUAUGAUAAUAGAGAAUGAAACCUAGUUAUUUGUGGCUUCUUAUCUCCCAUGAAUACUAGGCAGCAAUUUUCUGCUGUGAUUUAAGCAUUAACAAUUGCUGUGGUUGUUAUAUAUAUGCUGCAACAUUGGCUUCUCUCUUGUAUUCUGUGGACAAGGUCUUAAUGAGGUUGUACUGGUUCUUUAGUUCAGCUGCAUCCAUCUUAGACACGUGUGUACAAAACCAUGCAAAUAGGCAAGGCUAUAGCCCUAUUGUUGUUUGUUAUGAUGUUUCUAAAGCUUGAUUGGUGAUA